CGAGGAUAUGCGGCACGCCGGUUGCGUCCGGGGGGUUCGUCUUGAACCCAAUACCGAAGACAUUAUUCUUGUCAUCUCUGGCCACAUGGAGAUAGUCUGCCUCUGUUUUAUCAUGUUUCAAGAGAACUGCGGUCAAAUGAAGCUCCGGGACAUGCUUCUUCUCCUUGACGGUGAAACCGUGAAGUUUCUCGCCAACUGCGGGAUAGUUAUCUAGCUGUGUGACGGUGGAAGCUAGUCUCUGACUCUUUCUAAUCAAGUAUCCGCGAUUCGCUUUACUGCGCAAGGAGGAGAAAGUGGGACACCUCGACGAAGAGGUUCCAUAUUUCAAAAACGUGUUGGUUGAUCGAAGCAUAUUGGCUGCGGGAUAGCUGGCGGCGAAAAGAGCUACCCGAAAACUCGAAUACCAGAUAGGCGAUUAAUUCCCAACAAUUAUCUAUCUAUAACUGAAUCAUCGAAUGAGUGUAUAGAUGCAAAUAGAACCGCUCAACGAUAGAGAUGGCGUCUGGUAAAGAAUCGUUCGGACGAAGUUCGUUCGGGAGCCAGAAACUUUGAGCGGCGCAAACUGGGGCGAAAACUCGUCGGGGGAGACGACUGGGUUCUAUUUCCCUGAGAAACAAAAUGAGAGAGAAACCGUAAUACCAAUGAAACAACACAAGAGCAGCCCCCCAAUAUUAGUUUGUAGCGUCGAAGGAAAUGUAAAUUUCCGGAGGUCACAGAGUCUGAUGUUGCGCUGGGCGAGUUGAGGCGUCGUUUAGCCACAGCCACGGCCCAGAUAGGCUUAGCGUUGUUUGGCCGGUGUGGCUUGUCCCCUCCUACGCCUUUUGAGCCAGAACUCGAACUGCUUCUCUGCCCAGUUACUACCUCCAAGGGCCUGCAUCAGCCUGCUCGCCGGCCUCGUUUACACGCCCGGGAACUCGGAACUAGAUAUAGAGGUCUUCUUCUCUCACAUAUAGGUGUCGCGUCCCCUCUAUACGUCCCCGUUUUGCGCUUCUGUCUCCCAGAGCGCCGUGUUGGCAUUGAAAAAUUCGCUGGGUGUGUCUCGGAUGCGAGCACGGGACCUGGGAUAUAGUUCACCUGUCGACCUGUGUUGACGCUAGAGGCUAAGAAGCAGUUCUAUCGGCGAAUACCCUUGAAACUGCGAGGGCGUCGUUGGCUGUUUGCGUGGUGGUCCAGCUAUGGCAGCUGCUGCUCCACAUGUUCAUCCAGGAUACAACAGCUCUGGCGCAUCCCACUCCGCUUCCUCCCAUACAAACCAUUCGAACUUCGUAAAUAGGCACUCCGAUAGCCCAGUUUCGUCAACUCAUUCGGGAUCUCCCCACCUAGCAAUGGCCCCCACCACCAUGGCAAAAAAAGCAAAGGGAAAGAAGCCCGCGGACCCCAGCGAAACGUCGAAGCUCUUGGCAGCCAAAAUAUCUCAACUCGAGCAAGAUGCGGCUGGGGAAAAGGACCAAGAGGCUGAAAUUGAACGAGAAGUCAAAAAAGCUACUCGUGAUUUAAAUCAGCUCUUGAACAAUAUAGAAUCACCCAUGACACGACUUGAGACUGUCCACAAAAAGUACACUGAGCUGCUUGCCGACAUGAAGAAGCUCGAUCGAGAUUAUGCGAAGAGUAAAAAACGAGCCGAUCAGCUCCAGAAGGACCAGGAUAAGGGGAAGUCGGAGCUUAGCAAGACUGCUACUAUGAAGGAUAAGCUUGAAAAGCUGUGUCGGGAGCUGACGAAGGAGAAUAAGAAAGUCAAGGAUGAGAACAAAAGGCUCGAAGAGAUAGAGAAGAAAGCUCGCGGGGUCGUGAAUGCACGACUUGACUCGUUACUUUUUGACAUCCAGGACUUCGUUACAGCGCGGGGUGAUGCUCGUGGAGAAAAAGCAGAUAUCGAUUUAGAUGACGCUCUCCGCGCGAAAAUCAAAACCAUUGGCGAAAAAUUCGAAGCUCGGGAACAGCAUUAUAAAGCUCUGCUCCGCAGUAAGGAUGCGGAAAUUCAAAGUCUGACUGCCAAAUACGAAGAGCAAAGGCGUGGAGCAGAGAGUGAGGCACAAAGAUGUCGUGCUUUGAGCAGCCAAGUCUCAACGUUUUCACAAACUGAAGCCGAACUGCGAAGCCAACUCAACAUCUAUGUCGAAAAGUUCAAACAAGUUGAGGAUACGCUAAAUAAUAGCAACGAACUAUUUUUGACCUUCCGCAAGGAAAUGGAGGAAAUGGCGAAGAAGACCAAGCGACUCGAAAAGGAAAACAUGACGCUGACACGGAAGCACGAGCAGACCAACCGUAAUAUUUUAGAGAUGGCGGAAGAACGAACUCGAAACAACGACGAGCUUGAGAAAUGGCGCAAAAAGAGCAACAACCUUGAAGCUCUCUGUCGACGGAUGCAGGAGCAGGGCAGAGGCCAAGCCCUUUCUGGCGAGCUUGAUGCAGUGGACGACGAAGGGACGGAGAGUGAAUACGAUGACGAAUAUGAGGAUGAAGAAGAAGAUGAAGAUUUAAGUGACGAGGGAGAAUUUGACGAUCAUCAUCACCAUCACCACCAUCACCAUCAUGCAGAACAUCAACAUCCACCAGCAAACCGAGCCCCUGACGGUAAGCCCUUUUUUGGACCACCGCCACCACCAGCGCUAGUAGAAACUAAAUCUAAUGGCCAUCGUGGUGUUGUAAAUGGAUACAGGCAUUAAAGAGGAUGAAAAACAAAACAAAACGAAAAAGAGAAAAAAGAAAAAAGAUGAAAAACACAGAAAAACACAAAUAUAGCAACGAAAGCUAGGAGAAAGGGUAUCUAUCUAUAUCUAUCCCACCGCAUGGCUGCUGUUCAAUUAAGGAAGGGUACCUUGUUUUCUACUCAUGCGUUGACAUGGCAAUUGAUCAAUUGGAUAACGUUUCGGUAUUUCCUUGGUGAUAUGGGGUAGUAGAGGGUCCUAAUUCUGUUCCUCCCGCCACUUCAUCAUCUCUGCGACCCUAUACCUCCUUUGCUUCUAUUUCCUUUACCUGUUAGAGUUGCAUCUUGUUGGUUGUUUGUCUAUGUUCCGAAUCCUCAUAUUUAUUCAAUGCCGUUCUUGUGUCCUACAACCAUAUUCAACUACACAACGUAGAUGGAAAACUAUCCUGCGAGUGACAUUUUUAGCGAGUGCUAAAAUGCCGACAAUGCUGGUAUAAAAAUCCAAAGCGUGUAUAUGAUGGGAUGGUAUCUCUCAUGAGCUUUCAAUUCCUGUUAAAGUAGGCGAUCUGUUCGGUAGCCUCGCCGCCGAGUAUAGAAAUUAAUUCUGUCACAUCAAGCGCUCCUCCCUCGAUAGUGUAAUGAACAAAUAAAACUCUUUCCAUCAUAAUCACGAAUAUGGGUAUAACUUGACUCUACCAACGACAAUAAAAGCACGUAUGAUUUAUUUACAAGGCCAAACCUACACCGGAUACACACCGGAUCGUAGCAGUCACAACUUACACCCAGUCCCCAAAUACCCAUUCCCAACCUUCAACAUAUGCACAGCCUCCUUCACCAUCUCAUCCACAAUCUGGCCCGCAGGCUUAAUAUCCUUCACAGCAGCCGCAACAUGCCCCAUCAAAAACGGAAUAUCAACAUCCUUCCCCUCAUCGAAAUCUUUCAUAAUAGGCACCACCCCAUCAUCCGUUAGCUUCUUAAUCUCCUCCGGCUUCUCAUGCCACGCCUUGAUAUAAUCGUUCGGCAGCACCCGCAGCGGCCGCCCAGAGACAACAAGAGUGGUAACCGUAUCUCCAAACCCAGCAUUCAGCACAGCCUCCUUAUGCAUCUGGCUCGCCCCGCUCUCCACCGAUGCCACAAAGCGCGUACCAACCCAUACCCCCGCAGCACCCAGCAUCAGCGACGCAGCCAGGCUACGGCCGUCAUUGACACCUCCCGCAGCAACAACCAGCGCCGGCUGCCCUGUUAGCGGACUCUUGUACUUGCGCGCUACAUCCGCGACGGCGGGGAUUAGGACGGAGAAAGGCACGUCACCAGUAUGCCCACCGCCCUCACCACCCUGCGCGCACACGAUAUCCACACCGGCCUCUAACGCCUUCUCCGCAUGCCUAGGCGCGCCAACCAUAUUCAUAAUCAAGAUGCCCGCCUCAUGUAGUCUCUUGAUCGUGCGCGCGGGCGGGACGCCGACGGCAGAAACAAACAGCUUCGCGCCAUGCUUGAUCGUAACCUCAAUGAGCUCAUCGAGCUUGCCCUCUGUGUAGUCGUGGUUUGUCUUGCGGGCGCCCUCGCCGACUUUGGGUAGGGCGAGGUCAACGCCGAAGGGCAGGUCGGGGCUUUUCAGGUGUGAUUUUAGCUCUGUGAGCAUCUCGUCGAGCUGGGCGGGGGUGUAGCCGAGUCCGCCGACGGUGCCUAGGCCGCCUGCGUUAGAGACGGCGGCGGCGAGCGGGCCGCCGGAUGUACGGGCCAUGCCAGCCAGGAGGACGGGAUGUUGGAUGCCCAGGAGGGUGGUGAGGGGGGUGGUUAUUUGCGACAUGUUGAAUAGGAUGGAUUAAGAGGGGGAAGGUUAGGGAGGAUUAUCGGGCUUUUCGGAGGGAGGAGGGUGUAUAUAUGUAUUAUGUAUUUAGAGGAUAUGGUUGGGAUAUGAAGAGAAGCAAGUGAGAGCAGAUAGUUUUUAUCACCUGGGAAUUAACGGAAUAUAAACUGAAAAAAGCCUCUGAGGCGGAGGUUUAAUAGGAGAGAGCUGUAACUUGCCGAAUUGACUUUUUUCCCAAUUCCGAACAGAAAGGGAUUUAUUAGCUGAUUAAAAUAGGCAAAAUCAAUAUUAAACGGGGCUGAAAUUUCCCCUCU